CCUAGACAACAUGCUAAAUCAUCCAUGGUAGCACUACUGGCAGAGGUAACAUCGACAGUAAUUCAGUAAAACAAAGAUUGACCUGUCCUCCAAUUAUUGCAGUUGCCAAACAUGGAGUUUGAAGCUCUGAAGUAUGAACACAGAACAAGAUCAGGUGUAGGUUGAUCAAAUGACGCUCUCUUAGGCCCCCUUUGGAUGCAAGUGCUAAUAGGUAAAAGUUUCGAUCCUGAUCCUUGCUCCAGUCAGAAGCACAACUUGGAGUCAUGGUGACGUUCGAUUAUGUCGUCUUCUCCAGCUAAAAACAGUCUGAUUUUGGACGCGAAUACCCUGACAUAUCCUGCUGUGCCUCAUCCACAAGCAAAGCAAGGAAUCGUUCCCUGCCACACUAAUAGCUAGUAUAGCUCAUCUUUGUUACGUACCAAGGGAAGCUACGAAUCCCCCAUUUCCUCACUCCAGAGAUCGUAUGCUGAGAUGCUUGCGUGUCCAUGUCAUCAUCGUCUCUAACCGUUCUCGGUUCAGGUUCCGUCCCUCCACUGCACGCCGUUACUACCUUGAUCUGCCACUCCCUACCUAUAUAAUGCAUGGUGGUCGCCCACAGUGCUGCGGCGGCCUGCGGCACCCUUGGUUGAUACCUCUAGCUAGACACCGGUGACCAUGCCGACCGCCGGGGACGACAUCACGGUGCACGUGGAGUGGCUGGCGCGGCGCCUGACGCAGCAGCAGGAGGACGCGGCGGCCACGGAGGAAGACCGGAUCACGGUGAGCACCCACCGCGUGUCCCGCGUCCCGGGCCACGUCCGCAUCCGCAACCCGGACGCCUACACGCCGGGGCUCGUCGCCAUCGGCCCGCUCCACGCCAAGGACGCUGAGCGCCGCCUCCGCCCGGGCAACCGCCUCAAGAUGGCCUACCUCCACAGCCUCAUCUCCCGCGGCCACCCGGACCCGGCGGGCCACCUCGGCGUCAUCCAGGGCUACGUCCGCCUCGUCGCCGCGCGCGAGCGGGAGGCCCGCGCCAUGUACACCGCCGAGGACGUGGACGACGUCACCGCCGAGGACUUCAUCCAGAUGCUGGUGCUCGACGGCUGCUUCAUCCUCGAGCACCUCGUCAACGUCGCCACGGGCAGGGCGGAGCCGUCGCUGCACGCCACGUCCUUCGGCCCGGCGCAGCUGUCCAUGGACCUCGUCCUCGCCGAGAACCAGAUCCCCUUCUUCGUCCUCACCGACCUCAUCGGCAGCACCAGGCUGCCGGAGUUCGACACCACCGGCUACGCCCCGCCGGUCCUGCUGAUGAAGCUGGCGCUCUACUACCUCGGCGGCGAGAAGGGCCGCGACAUGAGCGAGGAGGCGCUGCCGCCCCCGGGCGCCGUCUGCCACAUCCUGCACCUGCUCCAUGCCUUGGUCAGCGCGGCGCGCACGCAGUGGGAACCGCCGACGCGGGCGAUCCAGGACGGCGCGGCGCUGGAGAUGAUGCAGGAGGCGGCGCGGCUGCUGCGGCGCCUCCCGGUGCUGCUCCUGGUGCCGCUGCUGUACCCGAUCCUGCCCGAGGAGCGGCGGUGGCGCGCGAGCUACGGGCGGGAGGACCUGCCGUCGGCGAGCGACCUCAAGCGGAUGUGGGUGCAGUUCAAGAAGGCGCGCGGCGGCGGGAAGGCCCCGGCGGGCAUCGCGUCGGUGCUGGGCCCGGUGCCGCUGGCCGUGAAGCUGGCGCACGAGGACCGGCUGCGGCUGCCGCAGCUGCGGAUCGAGUUCCAGACGGCGCCGCUGCUGCUCAACCUGAUGGCGUUCGAGCAGUCGGCGGAGCAGCGCGCCGGGGCCGUGUCGGCGUACGUGUGGCUCAUGGCGAAGCUGGCGCAGUCGGCGGAGGACGCGGGGGUGCUGGUGGCGGCGGAGGUGGUGCAGAGCAGCACGGCGGGGAGCGAGAGCAAGGAGGACGUGGCGCGCUUCUUCCGGCAGGUGGGCGCGGCGAGCGAGGCGGCGGGGGAGCUGGAGAAGAGCUACCUGGGGGAGACGCUGCACAAGCUGCGGGAGCGGAGCCAGCACCCGCUCUUCAUGAUGUGGGCGGACGUGCAGCGCAAUUACUUCACCGUGCCGUGGGCCGUCGUCGCCGAGUUCGUCGCGCUCAUCACCUUCAUCUCCACCAUACUGCAGACCUACGGAUCCUUCAAGCACUAAUUAAGGAUGGUGUUGCUUCGAGCAUCACAAUCUUCCCUACUGAAAGUUAUUAGCAGCACUCAACUCAUCAAUUUUCUUCAAGAAACAAAAUUUGAUUAAUUAAUUUGCUUGUACGGUGAUUCUUUUGUUUAUAUAUGUUCCCAGGCCCAAGGAUCGAAACUGCCUGAGUAACUGUAUGAUUAUUCUUUUGUUAAUCCUCAGUUAUAUUUUGAUUAACUAGAUCAAAACACGAACACUGAUGCUGGUCGUUCAACCA